GGCCUCUGACUCCCUCUGACUGAGCAUUUGUGCAUUGUUUUCUCCCCUCAGCUGGACUGCGGUCAGUGGGUGUACACCUGCGCCAUAGCGGGCCUUGUGGGUACCGAGCGAUGUAAGAUCUGAUUCAGGGUCUGCUGGGCGGUGUGCAAGGACUAAAACUGAGCAGAGUAGAGCAGGCCCGCCAUUUCCCCUCCUCACUCAGUGGUCUUUUUCUUUCAUAGCGCUUUAAAGCCGAACGGCGGCGGCGGCGGCAGGAGGAGGAAGAGGAGGAGGAGGAGGAGCGGCGAGCGGCGGCGGAGGAGGCAGGCAAGCAGGCAGGGAUCCGGUGCCACAUCGGGAUGAGAGCGAGGCAGAGACCCGGGUCGGAUGAGUCAGCGAGCGGACCCUGCAAUCCCUGAUUACUGAGUACAGAAGCCCAGGAGCGGAGAGAGAAACAAUCCAACAUUUUUUAAAUUGUUGUUGUUGUCAGAUUCCGCUUCUUCUCUUUAUUCCCCCUCCCCUGGUCCGGGUCUGCCAUACCCUGGUUUUGAUUUUACAUCCUCCAAGCCGGGGGAUAGCAAGGGGGGUCCAGCCGGUAGAGGUUGCGGAGGAGGUGGAGGUUUUAUUUUACUAUUUUAAAGCAGAGGACAGACUUUAAUCUCUACAUUUUUAACACCCUUUUUGUGAGCUACACUGACUGAGAGAGAGUGAGCGAAGAUGUCGGGCCAGAGCAUUACGGACCGGAUCACCGCAGCCCAGCACAGUGUAACGGGAUCCGCUGUGUCGAAAACAGUAUGCAAGGCCACCACACACGAAGUCAUGGGCCCGAAAAAGAAACAUUUGGACUAUUUGAUCCACUGCACCAAUGAGAUGAACGUCAACAUUCCCCAACUAGCGGACUCGCUGUUUGAGAGGACGACCAACACCAGCUGGGUGGUGGUGUUUAAGUCCCUGAUCACCACACACCACCUCAUGGUCUACGGCAACGAGCGUUUUGUCCAGUACUUGGCUUCAAGGAAUACACUUUUCAACCUCAGUAAUUUUUUGGACAAAAGUGGGUUACAAGGUUACGACAUGUCAACAUUUAUCAGGAGGUACAGUCGAUACCUGAACGAGAAAGCUGUUUCAUACAGACAGGUUGCCUUUGACUUCACGAAAGUUAAACGCGGUGUGGACGGUGUAAUGAGGACCAUGAAUACAGAGAAGCUGCUGAAGACCAUCCCCAUCAUUCAGAACCAAAUGGACGCCCUCCUCGAUUUCAAUGUCAAUGCCAACGAGCUGACUAAUGGAGUCAUCAAUGCAGCCUUCAUGCUCCUCUUCAAAGACUCCAUCAGGCUGUUUGCUGCUUAUAAUGAAGGCAUUAUCAACCUGCUCGAGAAAUACUUUGACAUGAAGAAGACUCAGUGUAAAGAAGGAUUGGACAUUUAUAAGAAGUUUCUCACCCGAAUGACCCGGAUAUCAGAAUUCCUCAAAGUAGCAGAGCAGGUGGGAAUCGAUCGGGGAGACAUUCCAGACCUUUCUCAGGCUCCCAGCAGCCUUCUGGAAGCUCUAGAGCAGCACUUGGCCUCUUUAGAGGGCAAGAAGGUCAAAGACUCCACCGCAGCCAGCAGGGCCAGCACUCUGUCAAACGCAGUGUCGUCGCUGGCCAGCACGGGGAUGUCCUUCACUAAAGUUGACGAGCGGGAGAAGCAGGCGGCUUUAGAAGAGGAACAGGCUCGACUCAAAGCAUUGAAGGAACAGAGGCUCAAAGAACUGUCUAAAAGGCCUUCCUUUGCUACCACUGACACAUCACCCGUCUCCACCACUGGGGGAACUAUCAGCACAGCAACAGCCAUCGACCUCUUCUCUCCACCCGGCUGCUCUAACGGGGCAGUGAAGAUGGAUAGCGACCUCUUUGACCUACAGCCAACUUUCCAGCCCUCCAUGCAGCCAGGCUCCACAGGGCUUCCAGUGGCUACAGCGUGGGCAGAUCCUUUCACCUCUGCUGAAGCUGGAGAUGAUUCCAUGCCAAACCUUAACCCUUUCCUCUCAAAACUCGUUGUCGAUGCCACUCACUUACCUGUUGUGUCUUCAGACGGUGUUAGCUUUUCCUCUAGGACAUCUGGUCAUGAAAUGUUUGGUGACUCCUUCUGUGGUCCAGUAUCCAUUGCCCAGCACCUCCCACACCAGGCUCCUUACCCCACUGAGCCCUCUACUGUAGCAGGUCUAUUCAGAGGAUACUCAACGCCACAGGCCCCUCCUCCACAGUCUGCAGGGGGGCUCCAGGUGGAUUUUGAGUCCGUUUUUGGAGCCAAAGCCGCAGGCAGUAACAGUCUAAACUCUGAUGACAUUACCGGGGGCAUCUUGAAACCAACUCUUGCCGGCGGCCUCCAGCCGUCCGGCCAGCUGCCAGAGAAGCUGGUGUCAGAUGACCUCGACUCCUCCCUGGCUAACCUUGUCGGCAACCUGGGCAUUGGAAACGGCACGAUGAAGAAUGACAUCCACUGGAGCCAGCCGGGGGAGAAGCGGAUGACCGGCGGCACCAACUGGCAGCCCAAAGCGGCGCCAUCCACAACCUGGAACCCCGUUUCCAUGCCUCCAUCAAUCAUGGCCUUCCCUGCCACCACACCCACAGGCAUGAUGGGAUAUGGCAUGCCUCCACAAAUGGGCUCUAUGGGGAUGAUGAAUCCGCCCACCAUGAUGUACUCGCAGCCUGUGAUGAGGCCACCCAACCCCUUCGGCUCCGUGUCGAGUGCUCAGGUGGGUGCUCGGCAGUCUGACAGCUCCACCACACUGCCGCACAAUGAACCCUCCGCAGCCUCUAGUCCUUCCAGCCAGAGUCCUCUCCGAGCCCCUGGACAGGACCCGUUUGCACACCUCUCUCUCAAGGAUUUCUUGUAGAGCAUCUCUUUAGAUGCAGUUCAUGUAAUUUGAAGAAAAGUGUCUCUCAGAAGAUGAAGCACUUUGCAGCAAAGCUUUGUCCUCGUUGCAGUCUAACCCUUCAGAGAAACAUUCGCGCACACACACACAGACACACACCCAAAUACAGACAUGUGAAGAACACGAUGGUGCAACGACUGUCAGACACCAUGGUAACCAUCUCCAAACGACGUUUGACGAUAGCUCACACCCAUUAUUCUAUAACUUGUCCGAGACAUCGAGUGAUGCUGCUGUCUAAAACCCCCUUAAAGAGGAGUCUUUAUCCAUUUUACAGCGUGAUCUAUAAAGAUAGUUUUGGACACGGAAAAACUUUGAUGUUAUGUAUUUGGACAAACUGUGGCUGGAUGUAAAAGGCUGGAUGUUCAGCUGGGGAGGGGGUGGAAGGAAAGUGGAGAGCGGUCCUUCCCUUUCUUGAUCCCAUCAUCAGUCACCCUUUCCCUACAGUUAUUUAACUGUCACUAAGUAGUGAUGCUAAUGGCGUUUACACCUGUUUAGUUUUUGUCUUUUUUACCGUGUUUACAGUAGACAUUCCUUGUGUGUUGUUUGUAUUUAUUUAUGAUUAUUGGUUAAAGAUUGGGAAAAAAUAAUAAUGUAAAAUCUACAGUACAUUGAACACCUGUGGGAGUGCUUCAGCAUUAAACAAGGAUCUCAGACUAUCAUCGAGAGGUAGAGUUAAAAAAUAGCUAUUAUAUAAAUUACACCUAUUAAGCGGAAUGAUAGAGCACUAAAUAUUCUACGAGUUUUGUGUUAAGAAAAUUUUUUACUAGAUGAAAGAUUUCACAAUCUCCAUUGUACUUAAAGUGCAGGGGUUAGAGUAUGAGUCAGUUAACAGUAUAUAGUUGAUUCUGUGCCUAGGGUUUUUGCAAUGGAUCAGUUUCCUGUCUAGUUGAUGAAAAAAAAACAAAAAAAAAAACACGUCAUCCACGAAAAUCUGAAGUGUCGCACUGGGUGGUGGGCUCCAUUUGCUUUAAGCUUGGCAUGCCAUUGACUCACUGACCGUAUUCAAGGCUGCCUUUACUCUGAAUGUGAAAGAGUUGUCUUCAUGUUGCACACAUCUUUCCACACUACAGUUCCCGGGGCAGGGUCGAGAGAACAGGGUGUGUCUGCUUGCUGGUUAGCCGUAGCUAAGCUAAUGAGGGGGAAAAAAGGUCUCAGAUUUGAUGUAAAUUAAUUGUAUAAAAGAUCCAGAGGACCAGGGCGGGGUAGAGGAGCACUGUUGAUCGGUGCUCUGUGUAUAUAAAAUACUGACUGUUCUUUAAGAGGUGGAAAGUGAAAGAUGUAUGAAAUAUGAAAGCAAUUCAAUCAAAUUUGACUCUACCUAAGUUUGAUUCAGGAUAUUCUCUGCGUUUGUCUCCGCAGAUAUUUUCUUUAUGUAAUUAGAACGUGUAGCAGACAAUGACUGAAGUCUUUUCUUUCUUUUACAAAUAAAGAGCAGCUUCCACAAA